CGAGUCUACUUAUAAUGACAGGUGCUAUCGAACGCUGCUAUCUUUUUUUUUUCUCUCCUUCAUCUUUUUUCCUUUUUCAUCUCCAUUACUAUAUCAAGCAUGAGUGCAGGUCCUAAGAAACUCUGGGGUGGUCGAUUCACUGGUGCGGUGGAUCCUCUGAUGGAUGCUUUCAACGCUUCGAUUCACUUUGACAAGCGCAUGUAUGCUGCUGAUCUUAUUGGCAGUAUGGCUUACAGCAAGGCUUUGGCCAAGAACGGUAUCAUUUCUGAACAAGAGCGCGAUGAACUGGUCGCCGGUUUGGAGAACGUGAUGAAGGAAUGGGAAGCCGGCGCUUUUGAACUGAAGCCGGGUGAUGAAGAUAUCCACACCGCCAAUGAACGUCGUUUGGGCGAAUUGAUCGGUCCCUUGGCUGGCAAACUCCACACAGGUCGUUCCCGUAAUGAUCAGGUCGCUACAGACAUGCGUAUCUGGCUUCGUGAAGAAGCAUCCAAGAUCUUGGCCCAUCUCAAAGAAUUGAUUGCCGUCAUCACGGCCCGCGCGGAGAAGGAAAUCGAUGUCCUCAUUCCUGGCUACACACAUCUUCAGAGAGCACAACCUAUCCGAUGGUCUCACUUUUUGAUGUCUUACGCAUGGUUAUGGCAAGCGGAUGCUGAACGUUUGAGCCAAUUGAUUGAACGUAUUAACGUAUUACCUCUCGGUUCCGGUGCACUGGCUGGCCAUGCAUUCAACAUUGAUCGCGAUUUCUUGGCUCAGGAACUCGGUUUCCGUGGCAUUAUUCACAACUCGCUUUACGCCGUCAGCGAUCGUGACUUCGUGGCUGAAUUCUUAUUCUGGGCCAGUUUGACCAUGACCCAUAUUUCUCGUAUUGCUGAAGAUCUCAUCAUCUACUCGAGCGGUGAAUUCGGUUUCGUGAAAUUGGCUGAUGCUUACAGUACCGGUUCCAGUCUCAUGCCUCAGAAGAAGAAUCCUGACAGCUUGGAGUUAUUACGUGGCAAAUGCGGUCGUGUCUUUGGCAAUAUGUCUGGCUUCAUGAUGACUUACAAGGGUAUUCCCAGUACAUACAACAAGGAUUUGCAGGAAGAUAAGGAGCCCAUGUUUGAUGCCGUGGAUACUUUAUCCGGUUCGCUCCAAAUCACAGCCGGUGUCCUAAGCACCAUGAAUAUUUUCCCCGAAAAGAUGCGCGCUAGCUUGAGUGCUGACAUGCUUGCAACGGAUCUGGCCGAAUACCUCGUGCGCAAAGGUGUGCCCUUCCGUGAAACUCAUCACAUCUCGGGUGCGGCCGUCAAGAUGGCCGAAGAUCGCAAUGUGUCUAUGCACGAACUGAGUAUCGACGACUUCAAGUCGCUGCAUCCUUCGUUUGGUGAUGAUGUGGCUAGCGUGUGGAGUUUCGAAACCAGCAUUGAAAACCGUAAUGCCCCUGGUGGUACCGCGCGUUGCUCUGUGUUGGAUCAAAUCAACAAGAUGCAAGUAUGGUUGGGUGAAGGAAAGACUUUGUAAAUAAAUUUGAUAGUAGUGGUAGUAGUAACUUGCAUAAAAAAUUUUCCGAUCAUCAUUCCUCACAAUAUCAUCCUCUAUUUUUCUUUAUAUGAAUUCAUACUUUUUUAUUUUCUGUAUGAUCUUGUUUUUAUUUUUGUUUUUGUUGUUGUUGUGAUAAUGAUGAUAAAGAGGUCAACAGGCUCGGGAUGAUUGUGUUUGGCG